AUGUCGAAAAUCACAUGGAUAGGCGUCUGCUUUUGCGUUUCUGCAGGAGCGCGCAUUGCACACUACAUGUCGGCUAAUCGCCUUGAAGAUGCCAUAUUGCGGUUGUCUGCCGUUCUUGGUGAAUAUUCUAUUGUAACUAUCAAUUGGGACGCCGAUUCCUUGGUUGCUGGCGUUUUUGCUACCCCGGUGUCUACCCGUCAUGCUGAACAGCCAUGCCCACUUCUCCUUCCUGAGUGUUGCACUUUGGCAUUUGUUUCUUGGUGGUGCUUCAGUCUCGAAAGAAUAAAGUAUAAGGUGGUGCAGACUCAGUGCAUGGCAGUUGUUCACGAUGAAUUUGUUCCUCGGGAAAAGAUACACGAUCUUGCCAAAGAAGCCGAGUCCCUCAACAUUCAGGUGGUGCCUAGCAGUGUCUUGGCGCAGACAGCGGACUUGCAGGCUUCGCCAGGCCUAAAGGAAAUAAACGCUGAACUUGCGGCGUUGGAAGGCCUUCCUCGAGGCAAAGAGGAAGACACGCCGAAAGAACCAACGGGACCAGAAAGAAGGAAAACGCAUUCUCCUGAGGAGCGACCCCCCACGUCCGAUUCUGAACGGCUGGUUGUUUUUACAUCCGGCACCACCAACGACCCCAAGGGUGUACAGUUGUCUUACGGGAAUGUCGCCACCGCGUGCCGCUGCAUAUUGGAGGCUGUAGGUGCGGCAGAAAAGGAUAUUUCAGUAGAUUUCGUUGCAGUGAAUCCUUUUCAUCAUGUCAACACUUCGGUUAUCUUUGAAACGGCGCUUCUCUGCCCGAGGGCCCGCAUACACCUAAUUGAUCGAUACAGGACGAGUUACUGGUGGGUCUUGUGUGUUGCUGCAAAGUUAGCGGCGGAAGCAGCAAGAAAUUUGGGCAAGGAAACGCGCAGUUCACCGUCCUCGCGUUCAUCAUCUUUCUCAUCAUCCACGGAGGGAGAGGAGUCCUUCCGCGUGGUGGCCCCUCUGGUGUCUCGGCACAUUGACUUCUUAAGCGCCCUUUCUUCCGGGGAUAGAUUUCAGCAGACUGGUUUCCUCAAGACGCUGAGGGAGGCGCUUGCGCCAAAAGGCGUUGUCCUCUUCCUGGGUUCCGCUCCCGUAGGGCCCUCUACUGUACGCACAAUGCAAUGUCUACUAGGCAAGCUUCCACGAGUGAGGUUUGGAUCGACGGAAACUGCCCUCCAGGUCGCUGCAAUACCGUAUUCCCAAACCGAUGAAGAAGUGUUGGAGGCUCUCGAGAGAGGCUGGCACCAUACGUUCGCCGACUCCCCCCUAAGAGGCUUUUACAUAGGAAGGCCUCACACGGGACUGACUGCGCUGAACAUAGUCAAAAGCGUGGAUGCGAAGGCGGAUGCAUACAUGGCUGACUGCGGCGAGGGGGAGCCGGGGUAUUUGAUUUGCCAGGGCAGCAACUGCAUGCUAGGGUAUGCCAAUUCAAGCUCCCAUCCUUUCUCUUUGGAGGGAUGGUAUUUAGGUUUGGGAGACGUCUGCUUCUUCUUGCGGAAUCCGCGAGACCAGAAGAAAGACUUCUACUGGGUUACCAGAGCGACGGACAUGGUAAUGAAAGGGGGGGCAAACUAUAGCUGCAUGCAGAUCAACAGCGACCUGCAGCGGUUCGUUGCCUCCUGGCUUUCGGUAGCGAAAGAAGACUUGGCCGUUGCCACCAUUGGCAUCAAAUGGAAGAGUGAGCACGACGACGAUACCUGCGUAACUGUAGAGCUGCCUGCAGAAAAGGAGGCAGAAUUCAAGUCUCUCAUAGAGGAGCAGCUGGUUAAAAGAGCAGCAACAGAGCCCUCUCUCCCCAAAGGAUCACGCCCUGAUUUUGUACGCGUCACUAGAAUACCCAAGACAUUCAAGGGGGCUGUAGAUGGGAGGCUUAUCAGGGAGGAGUUUACUGCGCACUUGCAGCAAACAGCAUCUGAGCUUAAGAGAGCAAAUUUUUUUGCAGGUGGCUCUUUAUCAGCAUAG